UGAACUAAAUUGAAGAACAAGGAAAAAAAAAUGGGUUCUUCAAUUUUUUUGCAAUCAAAUUCUUUGUUAGAAUCAUUGAUUCAUUUAUCGAACGAAGUGAGUUCAAUCGAAAAGCUUCCGUCGAUACAAGUACGUAACGUUUCAACAAUGUUACGAAGAAUCAAAGUUCUUACAUCAUUGUUCGAAGAAAUUCAAGAAUCAAACAACCCGAUGUUGCCGCCGUCAUCAGUGUUAUGUCUCAGCGAGCUUUUCUCGGUGAUACGACGAGUUAAAUCGACGAUGGAAGGGUGUAAAAACGGUAGUUCAUUAUGGGGACUUAUUCAGACAGAGAGAUUGUCUAAUCAAUUUCAUGUCUUUGUUAAAGAAAUUGCAAGAGCAUUAGAUAUUUUGCCAUUGAGUUUACUUACUGUUACAGUUGAUAUUAAAGAACAAAUUGAGCUUCUUCAUAGACAAGCUAAAAGAGUUGAAUUAUAUGUAGAUCCUAAAGAGAUUCAAACAAGAGAUGUUCUUCUUACAUUAAUGGCUUCCGAAAAAAACAUGUUUGAUGUUGAGACGGUGAAACAUGUUUUUAACAGUGUUGGAUUGAAGACAGUUUUGGACUAUGAAGAAGAAAUGUCAAAGCUUGAAGAUGAAGUUCAUAAACAAGCAGGUACUGGAGGGUUAAUUGUGGUUUCAAAUAUAAACAAAUUGAUAUCACUUGUUUCUUAUGCUAAAUCUAUGGUUUUUAAUGAAGAAAGUGAAGAAAAUGAUGUUAGACAGGUUUCGGGUUCGGUGGGUAAGAGCACGUCGGCGCCGUUUAAUGUUCCGGAUGAGUUCCGGUGUCCGAUAUCGCUCGAUUUGAUGAAAGAUCCGGUGAUUGUGGCGUCGGGACAUACAUAUGAUCGGAGUUCGAUAGCUCAAUGGAUUAAUACAGGACAUUAUACAUGUCCUAAGAGCGGGCAAAGGUUGAUUCAUAUGGCUUUGAUACCAAACUAUGCGUUAAAAAGCUUGGUGCAUCAGUGGUGUCAAGAGAAUAAUAUUCCGUUAAUGGAAUGCUCGUCAAAUGCAGAGUCGGAGAAAAAAACGUGCGAGAAAGCCGUCGAUCAUAUUUCCGCUACCAAAGUGGCGAUUGAUUCUGUUAAAAGAACUGCAGAGUUUGUGGUCGGGAAAUUGGCGAUGGGUUCCGUUGAUAUUCAAAGACAAGCAGCUUAUGAGUUACGGUUGCUUGCGAAAACUGGGAUGGAUAACCGUAGGAUAAUUGCUGAGGCAGGAGCUAUACCGUUUCUUGUUACGAUGCUGAGCUCUAAUGAUCCAAGAACCCAGGAAAACGCUGUUACUGCAUUGCUUAAUCUUUCGAUUUUCGACAACAAUAAAAUCUUGAUCAUGGCGGCCGGAGCUAUCAAGAAUAUAGUUGAUGUUCUUGAAUCAGGAAAAACGAUGGAGGCACGAGAAAAUGCAGCAGCUGCGAUUUUUAGCUUGUCGAUGAUAGAUGACUUCAAGGUAGCUAUCGGAGCCCAUUCUCAAGCAAUCCCAGCCCUCGUUGGGCUCCUUAGAGAAGGAACAACGACUGGAAAACGGGACGCUGCAAUGGCAUUAUGCAACCUUGCGCUUUACAAUGCUAACAAACUGAAAACUGUAGCUGCCGGGGCCGUUCCGUUGCUUAUUGAAUUGUUGAUGGAUGAUAAAGCAGGUAUAACAGAUGAUGCAUUGGGUGUUUUGGCCCUGCUUUUAAGUUGCCCACAAGGGCUCGAAGCUAUUAAAAAGAGUAGACCUUUGGUGCCUCUUCUUAUCGAUCUUUUGAGAUUUGGAUCAGCCAAAGGGAAGGAAAACUCGAUAACACUUUUGCUCGGAUUGUGCAAAGAUGGCGGAGAGGAAGUCGCGAGACGGCUUUUGAUAAACCCGAGAAGCAUUCCUUCGCUUCAAAGCUUGGCCACUGAUGGUUCACCUAAAGCUCGAAGAAAAGCCAACGCGUUGCUUAGAUUACUCAACCGAUGCUGCUCACAAUCUCAUAAUCCUAUUGGAUAAACAUGUAACGUUCUUUGUCGAGUGUAAAUUUGUCAAUUCUUGAUUUUACUUGCACAAUAAGUUUCAUUUCAAAAACACGAAUUGUAAUGAUUAUAUGAAUACAAAUUUCAUUGAUAGAACUUA